UGAAUUGUUAAUCUUUAUCCGGGAGGUAUCUGAGCAGUUGCUGUGCAUCAUCAUGAGGAGUUACCUGUUAUCGUCAUCUGUUAUACUACUUCUAUGUUUAUUCAGAAAUGGAUAUUGUUUCUGUAAUUUAGGAAAUCUUACAGGAGUGAACGCCUACUCGUCAUCCGUGUACACUUAUGUAAAUCUUGAUCCCCAAAUACCUUUAUAUGCGAAUCGAUCAUUGGAUGGGAAAUUCCGAGAUCACCUGAAAGGCGAUUGCGCAGCAACAGCUAAUUUAGAAGAGUACGCUUGGUGGAUGGUUAUCCUGCCGUCUAUUUCAAGAAUUUACAAACUUAACCUCAUCUUCAGGGAGAAUGUCACCCGGCAUACCGGAUUUUAUUUAUUCAUCAACAAACAAGAGAAGAUGGUGGCGGAUCUAGCUUCCUUACCUGCCGUGUACCAUGAACAAGACCCCAAAGCCAGCUCCCAGAACGUAAUCAUGUUCCCGAGGGGUUACGAGGGGAAGCAUAUAUACUUGUAUUUAAACGAAACAGGAGAAGAUAUAUUGGAUCUGUGUGAAAUAGAAAUCAUCGGUUGUACACUUCAAAAUAGUAACUGCAGAUGUCCCGUAACACCUCCUGAGGAAUUACCAGUGGAUUUUCUUGAGACUGAGGUUGCCUUUGGGGUGAAUAAUAAUAUAACCCUUCAGUGUCACUCUCACUACAUACUUCUGCAAAACAGUUCGGGGUUGCUGGAUGAAUGUAAUUUUCAAACGAAAUGUAAAAAAGAAUCGGACAGUAUUCAGGUCAAAAGCGUGUCCUACAGAUGCUUGGAGGUUUGUAGAAACGAUGCGUACAAUGAGUCGACCACGGUCCUCGUCAAUCUAAACAGUUCAAAUGCCUACUACCUGAAAGAAGAGAAUAUCACUCUCCAGUGUAAAUAUCGUCACAAGCUGGUUAUUGGUCAGCUGACGAGAACCUGUCUGGGCAACCUGACAUGGACUGGAGACAAACCUGUGUGUCAAAGAUGCCAGUGUCCCUGCGAGCGACUUAAAACUCAGAAUUUCAUCACAGACCCGCAGGUGCUUGAGGAAAGAAUAGAAGAGAUUAAAGCAAAAUUGGAGGUGGAGAAAGCCAAGCUAUCGUCCACUAUCCGGCAGAAGACAUCGGCUUCAGACGAGCGGAAGUCUGUACAGGGAAUAGGAAUGGCUCUUGGAGUAGGGAUUAUAACUUUCAUUUUCUCGAUCAUUAUAUGCAGUGAUCUCCCUUUACUAUACCGGCACAUUAGAUACGGAGCUUUGUAACAACCUUUUUUAAAGAGUUGUUUAAAAGUGCUUUGAAAUUUGGGAGCUGUGUAACGUACUUUGCAAAACAGUGUGCAAAGUGAAACGAAAAUUAGAUGUAGCAUAUAACACUUCGGAAAAUCAUUUAAAAGGGCCCAGCUCCUGGUCGGAUACCCACGGUUGAUUACGCUUUGUUCCUCUCUAGGGAUCAGCUGAUAAUUAAAAUACAUUUUCAAACACACAAAGUGCGUUUAUAAGAAACAUUGGACAAAGACUUUUGCUUCUGGAAAUGUUGGACUGUAAAUUAGUAACGAGCGAUUGCCAACAAGACAGAAGUUUAUGCUUAGGCAUAAUGCAUAUUUCAAAUGCAAUAAAACCGUCAACAAUUGUAUCAUUACGUUUACUAGUAUAUGUAGUCCAUGUGUGACGUUAUUGUAAUUAAAAGGCUGAAUCUUCAAAAAUCUAACACAAUUGAUACCGUCCAUAUUUAAUGCUGUUUCAAGAUAAGUUAAUACACCUUAAUUUUUUAUGUGUAUUUAUUAGCAACCCUGUGUUGUAGCUGUUAUUUUUGUGACUGUGUUUUAAAAAUCCGGUAUUUUCAUGUAUAUUUAUUAUUUGGAAUAUUUGAUAUUCGUAAUUUUAGUGUAACGUAUAGUACUUUAGAGUACUACUCUUUAGAAAAGGCGAUAUAUAGAUGUAUUUCAUCAUUUUAAAAUAUCACGGUCCUUCGGAUGAGACCGCAAAAACAGAGGUCCCGUGUCACAGCAGGUAUUAUAUGACACGAUAAAGAUCCCGCCCUGCUCAAAGGCUGUAAGUGCCGAGCAUAGGCCUAAAUUGUGUAGCCCUUCACCGGCAAUGGUGUCGUCUCCAUAUGAGUAAAAUAUUCUCGAGCGGGACGUUAAACAAAAUACAAUAAAUCAAUCAAGCUGCACUGAAUUUGGGCCCACUUGUUUAUACAUAUUUUUCCGGGUUAGAAUCGAAUACAUGCGCUGCUCAUGGCGAAGCAGUAUGUCGAAACCCUUACUGGCUUAGUCAUGCUUUCAUCUUCCCAUUAUGCUUAUAGAGACAGAUACAUGUUUGUUAAAUUUUUAAAGUCAAUUUUUAACUGUCUCUGCAAAACUGUAUAUCAUAUUGUUCAUCUCCUGCAUCAUUUUGAUCUAGAAUUGAUAUGGUUUGAAAUGUAUGUUACAAAUUGAUUGGUAGCCUAAAUGAAAUGGUAGAAAAUACUAAAAAGACGUAUUAGACUAUUUCAUUGGCAAUACUCAUGGGUGGUGCAAGUCAUAUGAAUAUUUUAGAUAAGAGUUUCUAGCAUUAUUGUAUCAAAUGGUAAGAAAUAUAUCCUUUUGGUUGUUUAUAUUGUUACGAAUUUGACAUUCCCCACUAUGUUGAUGAACACAUGCCAGUGAUUUUACGUGGAUUACAUGUCAAUAAAAUAAUAAGUGUAUGAAUGAUUGUGUGAAUAAUAUAUA